AUGAAUGCAACUGAUUGGAUCACGCUUACGGAUUUUGUGAAAUAUCUUGGAAGAAAAGGUAUUUGCAAUGUAGAUGAAACUCCUAAAGGAUGGUUUAUCAGUUGGAUCGACAAUAGUCCUAAAGCUUUGGCACGACAGGAGGCCAUAUUGAAAAAGGAACGUCAAGAAAAAGACGAGGAGGAACGUGCUCGAAAAAUCAUUGAAGAGCAGAUUGAAAAAGCAAACAAAGAAGCCGAGUCUACGGAUCCAUCUGAAAAACGUGAAUUAGAAUUACUUAAGCGAAAACCCGAAAAAAAUAUCUUCAAAUUGGAAAUAAAGUCUCUAGAAGACCCUAAUAAUUCCCAAACAACGGAACAUACAAUCACAGAAGUUGCCACUGCUAUGAACUCGAUUGAAACCGAGUCCUUAUUGCUUCCUUCUUCAGCUAUUAACGGAUUCUCGGCUGAUUUUGACGCAACAAAACCUUCUUCUGAUUCAACUUCAUCAACGACGGCUCCUUCGAUUAAUCCCACCAUCAACGCCAUUCCUUCCACUACCUCGAUAUCUUUUAAACCAAUUGGACAGAAAAAGUCACUUUCUGCAUUAGCCAAAAAGUCGAAUAUUUUAGGUGCUUCACCAAAGAAAGAAAAGAAAGAGGAGCCUAAAAAAUUGUCAGCAAUCGAACAAAUUAUAAUAGAGGAAACGGAAAAGAAAAAGAGAUUAGAAAACAUUAAUCAUAAAGCAACAGGUGAGAGGAAUCGGGGUAAAGAUGAUCGCAAGGACUCUUAUAGGUCUGAAAGAGAUAGUAGGGAUACUCAUAGAGAAAGGGAUUAUUACAGAAGUCGAGAUUCUUACCGGGAAUCCAAAGAUAGAGAAUAUCGUGACCGUGACAGAGACCGGGACUACGAACGAGAAACAAAACGUGCACGUAGAGACUAG